UGUAGUGUAAUAUUUUUUAUUAGGUAAGCUAACGUUUAACAUCAUGAAUAGCUUUAAAAAAGCUGGCGUACUAAUAUUGCUUGGUGUUAAGGACUGUAUAUCCGGAAUAGCAACAUUGAAACAUUUUUGGUCCGAUGAAAAACACUCCAAAAAGGAAAGAAAUACUCCGAAAUCAAAAAAGAAGCCAGAUGAACAUGAUGGCGUGUUUGAUGUGCUGAUGAAAUGUUUUGUUUUUGGUGCGUUGUUUUACUCUUCCAUCAAGUUUUACGAAAAAAUGAUGCUUGAAUAUGGAUUGCAGUAUUUGGAGUCAGUAGUUGAAUUUGAUUAUGUAGCUGGCAUUAGAUUUCUUUAUUACAUCUUAAAUUGUAUACUGUUUUUCUCGUGGAUCCUACCCUUAUUUAUUGUGAGCAGAUUGUUAAACUAUGCAUGGUAUCAAGAGAUAGCUGAUCUAACAUUUGAAAGUACAAAAGGGAAGAAAAACACCAGCUUCGGGUUCAGUUUUUCAUUGGCUGAUCAAUUUACCAGCAUUUUCAUACAAGUAUUUUUCCUUGCCCAAGGAUAUGCCAUUAUAAGCAUGCCUAUACCAUUUGCAGUUAAGCAAUUACUGUCUGUAUUGCAUCUCUCCAUCUUGUAUUCCUUGUAUGCUUUUGAAUAUAAAUGGGUACAAGAAGGUUUGCCACUUAAUAAGCGACUUUCAUACAUUGAGAAGAGAUGGCCGUACUUUAUUGGAUUUGGAUUGCCGUUGGCUAUUUUGACAUCUUGCGUCAGUACAUACUUGGAAAGCAUAAUUGUCUUUUCUACAUUUUUUCCUAUGUACGUGUUCAGCAGCACUGUUGUUUUGGACAGUAAAAUAGAGAAAUAUUGUAAGACAAUGCCUAUUUUCAAACUAUCUGAGUUAACUACUGAAUUUAUUAUUAAGUAUGUGCUACCUAUUUUUUUUAGCUUCUGAACAGCAAAUUCUUUGGCAAUUUAGUACUGAAAUUGUAUAUAUGUUUUCUCAUUUAAGUAUCUCAAUUCAUUCUGUGAUAUAAGUCAUUGUAUGCUCAUUUAUUAAGAAUGUGUCAACUAAUAAUUAGACAAUAAAGCCUUGAAAUAAUAAUCUUCUUGCAAACAUACAAUUCAUUGGAGAGCCUAUUGAAUGAAAGCCUGUUUAUAAUGAAGUUAACACAUUUUUGUGACCCCUAACUUUAAAAACAGUUCUUGAACUUGAAUAUG